UAUAUAAUACAGUGGUUUCGCGUAUUCCGGUAGUUUCUCAGCGGAAGACGAAAGUGAGGAUUGCUACGCAAACAAAUUAUAAUAUAUACGCUGUGUUUCUUCAUUGUAAAACAUGCAGAUCUUUGUCAAGACCCUCACUGGCAAGACCAUCACCCUUGAGGUUGAGCCCAGUGACACCAUUGAGAAUGUCAAAGCCAAGAUCCAGGACAAGGAAGGCAUUCCCCCAGACCAGCAGAGGCUGAUCUUUGCUGGCAAACAGCUGGAAGAUGGCCGCACCCUCUCUGACUACAACAUCCAGAAAGAAUCCACCCUCCAUCUUGUCCUGCGUCUGAGGGGUGGCAUGCAGAUCUUCGUCAAGACCCUCACUGGCAAGACCAUCACCCUGGAGGUUGAGCCCAGUGAUACCAUUGAGAAUGUCAAGGCCAAGAUCCAGGACAAGGAAGGCAUUCCCCCAGACCAGCAGAGGCUGAUCUUUGCCGGCAAACAGCUGGAAGAUGGCCGCACCCUCUCUGACUACAACAUCCAGAAAGAAUCCACCCUCCAUCUUGUCCUGCGUCUGAGGGGUGGCAUGCAGAUCUUCGUCAAGACUCUCACUGGUAAGACCAUCACCCUGGAGGUUGAGCCCAGUGACACCAUUGAGAAUGUCAAAGCCAAGAUCCAGGACAAGGAAGGCAUUCCCCCAGACCAGCAGAGGCUGAUCUUUGCUGGCAAACAGCUGGAAGAUGGCACCCUCUCUGACUACAACAUCCAGAAAGAAUCCACCCUCCAUCUUGUCCUGCGUCUGAGGGGUGGCAUGCAGAUCUUCGUCAAGACUCUCACUGGUAAGACCAUCACCCUGGAGGUUGAGCCCAGUGACACCAUUGAGAAUGUCAAGGCCAAGAUCCAGGACAAGGAAGGCAUUCCCCCAGACCAGCAGAGGCUGAUCUUUGCUGGCAAACAGCUGGAAGAUGGCCGCACCCUCUCUGACUACAACAUCCAGAAAGAAUCCACCCUCCAUCUUGUCCUGCGUCUGAGGGGUGGCAUGCAGAUCUUCGUCAAGACUCUCACUGGUAAGACCAUCACCCUGGAGGUUGAGCCCAGUGACACCAUUGAGAAUGUCAAAGCCAAGAUCCAGGACAAGGAAGGCAUUCCCCCAGACCAGCAGAGGCUGAUCUUUGCUGGCAAACAGCUGGAAGAUGGCCGCACCCUCUCUGACUACAACAUCCAGAAAGAAUCCACCCUCCAUCUUGUCCUGCGUCUGAGGGGUGGCAUGCAGAUCUUCGUCAAGACCCUCACUGGUAAGACCAUCACCCUGGAGGUUGAGCCCAGUGACACCAUUGAGAAUGUCAAAGCCAAGAUCCAGGACAAGGAAGGCAUUCCCCCAGACCAGCAGAGGCUGAUCUUUGCUGGCAAACAGCUGGAAGAUGGCCGCACCCUCUCCGACUACAACAUCCAGAAAGAAUCCACCCUCCAUCUUGUCCUGCGUCUGAGGGGUGGCAUGCAGAUCUUCGUCAAGACCCUCACUGGCAAGACCAUCACCCUUGAGGUUGAGCCCAGUGAUACCAUUGAGAAUGUCAAGGCCAAGAUCCAGGACAAGGAAGGCAUUCCCCCAGACCAGCAGAGGCUGAUCUUUGCCGGCAAACAGCUGGAAGAUGGCCGCACCCUCUCUGACUACAACAUCCAGAAAGAAUCCACCCUCCAUCUUGUCCUGCGUCUGAGGGGUGGCAUGCAGAUCUUCGUCAAGACCCUCACCGGUAAGACCAUCACCCUGGAGGUUGAGCCCAGUGACACCAUUGAGAAUGUCAAAGCCAAGAUCCAGGACAAGGAAGGCAUUCCCCCAGACCAGCAGAGGCUGAUCUUUGCUGGCAAGCAGCUGGAAGACGGUCGCACCCUAUCUGACUAUAAUAUCCAGAAGGAGUCCACCCUCCAUCUUGUCCUGCGUCUGAGGGGCGGCAUGCAGAUCUUCGUCAAGACCCUCACCGGUAAGACCAUCACCCUGGAGGUUGAGCCCAGCGACACCAUUGAGAACGUCAAGGCCAAGAUCCAGGACAAGGAAGGCAUUCCCCCAGACCAGCAGAGGCUGAUCUUUGCCGGCAAGCAACUGGAAGAUGGCCGCACCCUCUCUGACUACAAUAUCCAGAAGGAGUCCACCCUCCAUCUUGUCCUGCGUCUGAGGGGUGGCAUGCAGAUCUUCGUCAAGACCCUCACCGGUAAGACCAUCACCCUGGAGGUUGAGCCCAGCGCCACCAUUGAGAACGUCAAGGCCAAGAUCCAGGACAAGGAAGGCAUUCCCCCAGACCAGCAGAGGCUGAUCUUUGCCGGCAAGCAGCUGGAAGAUGGCCGCACCCUCUCCGACUACAACAUCCAGAAAGAAUCCACCCUCCAUCUUGUCCUGCGUCUGAGGGGUGGUCAAUAAAUGAUUCCAUGCUUAUACUUGAUUUUCAUGACAACCUAACUCAAUAAAAAAAAAAAAAUUAAAUUA